UGUCGUGGUACUGUGCAGCAUGGGGACAUCUUUGGAGGCUGCAACAGGACUGUAAUGACUUCCCGUGGCACAUCCUAAUUGAAAGAAGCACUUCCGGCAGCCCAGGACCACUAAUCAACAAACCUGCCUUCUAGGCUGGGCGCGACCCUUGUCCCUGGGCUCCGGAGUCAGACGGCCGCCCAGCCGACUCCUGGAAUACGGUAGUAAACAGUGACGCCUUUUUUGCCUGGGUUUAAGUGCAGAGGUCCCCAUCUUCCGGCUGCCCUGGACGUCAGGUGUGCCCAGGAUCCUGUGAUUGGCGUCUGCGCCUGUGACCGAGGAACACCCCACGGAGGAACUUGGGCAUUCCUUAGGACCCAGAACUUGCACUUUGGUCUUUCUUUGUCUCCUCACGUAAUGCCUGGCAUUCAGUAAGUGUUUGCUGAACCUGAAGAUACGUAUGAGCAAUGAAUCUGGAAAGGGAGAACAUCUUUGGUCCUCCAGUUUGGCUCCACUGAUAUUUUUCACAGUGGUAUUAAACAGCUUGCAUUUUGUGUAAAUAACUGGCUAGACUUCUGUUUUUCACUACAGAAGUCUCCAACCUCCAGUUACCAGAGACUUAAAGGGAUUACUUAUAGGAUAUCAUCUACAUCAACCCUGAGAGCUCUUCCUUAUUCCAAAAUGUUGAGGUAUUGGGGAGAGAUACCCAUGUCAUCGAGCCAGACCAACAGAAGUUCCUUUGACCUGCUCCCUCGGGAGUUCCGGCUGGUGGAAGUCCAUGACCCGCCCUUGCACCAGCCCUCGGCCAACAAGCCCAAGCCCCCUACCAUGCUGGAUAUACCCUCGGAGCCAUGCAGCCUCACCAUCCAUACCAUUCAGUUGAUCCAGCACAACCGACGCCUUCGCAGCCUCAUAGCCACUGCUCAGGCCCAGAAUCAGCAGCAGACAGAAGGUCUCAAAACUGAAGAAAGCGAACCUCUUCCCUCCUGCCCUGGGUCACCUCCUCUGCCUGAUGACCUGCUCCCUUUAGAUUGUAAGAAUCCCAAUGCACCGUUCCAGAUCCGCCACAGUGACCCAGAGAGUGACUUUUAUUGUGGGAAAGGGGAACCUGUGACCGAACUCAGCUGGCACUCCUGUCGGCAGCUCCUCUACCAGGCAGUGGCCACCAUCCUGGCCCAUGCAGGCUUUGAGUGUGCUAAUGAAAGCGUGCUGGAGACCCUCACCGAUGUGGCACAUGAGUAUUGCCUCAAAUUCACCAAGCUGCUUCGCUUCGCCGUGGAUCGGGAAGCCCGGCUGGGACAGACUCCUUUCCCUGACGUUGUGGAGCAGGUAUUCCACGAAGUGGGUAUUGGCAGUGUGCUCUCCCUCCAGAAGUUCUGGCAGCACCGCGUCAAGGACUACCACAGCUACAUGCUGCAGAUUAGUAAGCAACUCUCUGAAGAGUAUGAAAGGAUUGUCAACCCUGAGAAAGCCACGGAGGACACAAAACCCGUGAAGAUCAAGGAGGAGCCAGUGAGCGACAUCACCUUUCCUGUCAGCGAAGACAUAGAGACUGACCUCGCUGCUGGAGACCAGUCCCUGCCCAUGGGAGUCCUCGGGGCUCAGAGCGAGCGCUUCCCUUCUAACCUGGAGGUGGAAGCCUCACCACAGGCUUCGAGUGCAGAGGUCAAUGCUUCUCCCCUCUGGAACCUGGCCCACGUGAAAAUGGAGCCUCAAGAGAGCGAGGAGGGCAACGUCUCUGGGCACGGCGUGCUGGGCAGCGAUGUCUUCGAGGAGCCCAUGUCAGGCAUGAGUGAAACUGGGAUCCCUCAGAGCCCCGACGACUCAGACAGCAGCUACAGUUCCCACUCCACAGACAGCCUCAUGGGCUCCUCCCCUGUUUUUAACCAGCGCUGCAAGAAGAGGAUGAGGAAAAUAUAAAAGGGAGAGGAGGCCAUUUUCAGGCCAGACCUACAACAGGCAACAGAAAACCUUAUUGUACUAGAAUUUGUUUUCAUAAAUAGGGAUUUGAUUCUUACUCUUGAAAAGUAGGCUAUACUCAUUUCAGAGAGACUGGACUUAACCAAGCAAGUCUGCAUUUUACUUUGGCAUCUAGUUGUUAGUUUCCCACAGCAACCAAGCCACCCUCCAGAGGGACCAGGAGACCAAAGCACUGCCCCAGACUGUCGUCUUUACUGGGACUACACCUUGCUUAGCUUCUCUGCGGCUGUUUUUCUUGCAGUUAAGAGUGACACCACGCUGACAUACCAUGCAGGUGUGAGGACUUCAAAGUGGUGCUUGAAUAGAUGCAUAGAAAUACAUGCUGGUGUGAGCUUUUCAUCUAACUCCAUCCACUUCUGGGCCGCGUCUUGGGAAUACAGUACUAGUACCUAACAAGAAACAGCUAACGAAGCUUCCCUUCUGUCACGUUUGUAAAAAUGUUUUUGCCGCCCGUGAGGUCUUAGGUCUGUGCUAACAGCCUGGCCCACAUUUUCUUCACCCUUCUCUAGACUUACUCCCUGCAGCCUUAUCCUUUCUGCCGUACCUCUGACUCCGACUUGUAAGACACUGUUCGCCAUGUACAUUUCCCCAGGUGUUCCUUUCUUUUCUCCUUUGUGAAUGAAGCAAAUAGGACCAGGCCAAGCUUCAUGGUUCCUCCUCCAGUAGUGUGGGCCCUGGGACACCUGCUAAGUCUCUUAUCAAGGAAAUGAGCUGGCAGAGGUGAUGGGAUUAGCAGUAACUAGCAAAUGCGUGCUCCAUAACUUGCUAAUAGAUGAGUUUCAUUUUCUAUGUUUUUUUUGUUUUUUUUUUUUUUGGUACCGGGGACUGAACUCGGGUCCUUAUGCUUGCGAGGCAGGCGGUGGAACCACUGAGCUAAAUCCCCAGCCCAAGUUUCAUUUUCUAAUGCAGAAUACAAGUCCUGGGAAAUGCAGAGCACAAUUUUAAUAGAGACAAAAAAUAAGGUCCAGCUUUAAUUAAUGCAUUAUCAAGGACCUUAAGUGUCCUGAGCAGUAAGAAUAAGGUGACUGUUGCAAAAUGAGGUUAUAGUUUAUUAAGAAAUAAUUUAUAAAUCAGAUUAUAAAUCUUUAGCACACUUUAUCUGGACCCUUCCGGUUCCAGUUUUAGCUUUAUUUCUCCUUGUUUAUGAAUGAAAUGUCCAUCAGACUGUGUGUGUAAAGUAGCCACCUGGGCACUUUAUUCAUAGCAAACUUUUACUAAGCACCUAUUAUAUGCCCUAGGUCCUGUGCAAGGAAUACAAAGAUGAUUAAGAUUUAGUCCUUGCCCUUAUAGAGCUGAUAGUAGCAUAGGAGAGACCAAGUAUUUUUAAAGGCAGAGACAGGGCCAAAAGCAUUACACAAGAAAACCAAGUUAUGUUCAGAGCUACACUUUGUAAAUGGCUUCCCCUUAAAGUUAACAGGUCAAAUAUUUACACCAGUGAUUCCGUCUAGGUAUACAAAACACUGAAAUUAAUACUUCAUAGUAAAAUACUUUUGAAAGUUUAAGUUGGGGAAUACACCAGGCAUGUGGCACAUAUCUAAUCCCUGCACUCGGGAAUCAAAGGCAGAAGGAUCGCCAUGAGUUCCAGGCCAGCCUGAACUAUGU